CAUUAUAAUGGGUAAAAUAUGAAGGGGCGUCAGAGGGGAUUGGAAAUCGAUUCUUGCUUCAUCACUAGACCUGUUGAUCGCUCAAUGAGGUGACAGAGUUUUCAUCAUUAUUAUUUUACCAAUCAGGUCUCUCCAGACAGCUACCGGCUUCAAAAAUUCAUUUACGGACAUCAAGGUCGACACAAAAUGGCCGACAUCUUUCAAGAGUAAAUCGGUUUGGCCUGUGUCGUGACCGGGGGUCUGCAAUUACCUGCUCCUGUAUAUACGAUUACCCAUCAUGGCGGCCAUGUGCUGGGUGUUUGUCGUCUGGAUUAACGGGACGGAUAUCACACGUUAUCGAUCGGACAGGUUUUUCUGAUUAAACCAUUUGAAACGCACUCACGUCACGUCGCGUCACGUCACGUAAAAAGCGCCCUCAUGUGGAACAAGGUCGCACAGCAGGUGAAGAGGAAAUCCAACAUGGCGGCGGCUGAGGUCGCUUUCCGCCUCACGGCCGGGAAGCGAUCCGCGAGUCGGAACAACGCCAAACAGGCCCUGUCCAUUGACGAGCGGUUUUACCUAGCCGCUGUGGAGAAGGGAGACCUCGUCGCCGUGCAGAGAAUCUUAAAGAACAAAGACAAAGCAGGACAAAAGGUGAACAUCCACUGUGUUGACCAGUUGGGGAGAAGUGCUCUGCUGAUCGCAAUAGAACAUGACCUUUCGGACAUCACCAAGCUGCUGCUCAGGCACGACAUCUAUGUGGGUGACGCGUUACUGUUCGCGGUGAACGAGGAAGCUGCCUGGGCGGUGGAGCUGCUACUGGAUCACCGACCGAUGCACAAGGCCAGCAUGAUGGACGUCGUUGAGAGCGUUUGUUAUUCGAAUUUCGCGCCACCUGACGUCAGUCCCGUCAUGCUCGCCGCACAUAGGGACAACUACGAUAUCAUCAAGAUCCUAGUCAAGAGAGGUGCGUACCUGCCGUCCCCACAUACAGUCGGGUGCGACUGUGUGUACUGUACCUCCUCCAGCGAGAGGGACAGUCUCAGACACUCCCGCCGCCGACUAAACAUCUACAGAGCCCUCGCCAGCCCUUCGCUGAUGGCUCUGACGGAGGAGGAUCCCAUCCACAAAGCCUGGGUUCUCAGCAACGAGCUCAAGCGACUCAGCUUUGUUGAGGUCGAGUUUAAAAGUGACUACGAGAAGCUGUCUGCACAGUGCAAGAAGUUUUCCACGGAUCUGCUGGACGAGGUACGGGACUCCAAGGAGCUUCUUGCCGUGCUGAACGCACACAACCCGAACCACCCGGAACCGGUGAAGGAGAAGGGCGCGGUCGGCAUGAGUCUGGCUCGACUGAAACUCGCCGUGGAGUAUGGCCAGAAGGAGUUUGUGGCCCGACCGAGCUGCCAGCAGCUGCUGAACCGGGUGUGGUACAGCGGCGUUCCUCGGUUCCGCACCCUCCCUCUGGCCGGCAAGCUCCUGGUGGCUCUCGGCAUCAGCCUCAUCUGGCCGCUCCUCUCUGUGGCAUAUCUGGUGGCGCCGCGUAGCGGGCUCGGCUCCAUCAUCAGAUCGCCGGCCAUCAAGUUCAUGAGUCACAGCGCCUCCUACAUCAUCUUCCUCCUCCUGCUGUACAUCUCCACGUACGACGACUUCUCACUGAGAAAGUACUCCGGGCCGCCGCUCACCACGCCUGAGUACAUCAUCAUGGUCUGGGUGCUGGGAAUGGUGUGGGCUGAAGUAAAGCAGUUGUGGAGAGACGGCGUGAGAGAGUUCGUGUCGGAAAGUCGGAACUGGAUGAGUUACAUCAUGAACUUUCUCUACAUCGUCAGCUUCACGCUCAAGAUCGUGGCACACCUUAAGUUUGAGAACGAAGACGCCUGCCGGAGCCAGUGGGGCCGGUACCACCCGAACCUGGUGGCGGAGGCGCUCUUCGCAGUGGCGAACAUCUUCAGCUUCCUCCGCCUGACGUUCCUGUACACGGCUAGUCCGGUGGUGGGGCCUCUUCAGAUCUCAGUGGGCCGGAUGCUGCCCAACAUCUUCCUGUACCUGGCGCUGUUCGGCCUGGUGCUGCUGUCCUUCACCAUCGGCCUGCAGCAGCUCUACUGGGUCUACAACGAGGUCCCGAGGGAGCACAUCCCCACCAACAUUGUGGCGUCUCCCCCGACGCCACAGAUCCUGAUAGACAUCUCUAACGAGUACGCCGUGGCGAACGGAACCUGCAGUAUCGAGCAGGCCACCUACAGCGCGCCCGGCAUCGAGCUGCCCAACAACAGCUACACCUGCCAGGGCGUGCAGUGCCCCAAUCACAACGACGUCUUUUCAAGCGUCCACGAGGCGGUGCUGACCCUGUUCUGGUACCAGUUCAGCAUGGCGCACGUCCAGAUCUACUCCAGCAACACGGGCGUGCAGAAGCACGACAUGUACACGGGGUUCCUGGGCGCCGUCAUGGUGGGAUGCUACAACAUCAUCGUCGUCAUCGUGCUCACCAAGCUGCUCAACGCCAUGCUGCAGCGAUCCAUACAGAUCACUCUGGAACACGAGGACACGGAAUGGAAGUACGCUCACACCAAGCUGUGGAUGAGCUAUUUCGAGGACUCGGCGACCCUCCCCCCUCCUCUGAACCUCGUCCCCAGCCCGAAGUCCUGUUACUACUGCCUGACGUGGAUCAGCGCCAAACUGCGGGACCUGUGCGGGAGGAAACUCAAGGAGUUCUCUGUAGAGUCUGGUGACAAUGAGACUAACCAAUCAAGACGCAGUAGAUCUGAAACCAAGAUUCCUUCAGAUUACCGGGAGGUAAUGCGAAAGCUGGUGCAGCGCUGGCUGACUCACCGGCGCAGGAAAGACCGCCAGUCUAAGGAGGCCCUGGUGGAGAGAUUCAACGAGCUGAAACAGGAGCUGGCCAACUUCCGGAAGGAGCUGCGCGAACUCCUUAAGAAGCGGAUGAUGAAGAUCGAGACGAAGAAGCUGUCUGCCAACCUGACCACGCCCCUGGGCAGCGCCAGCGUCAACUUCGAGCGGACCACCAAGGAAUUCUUCAUUUAGGGCGACAGUUAUCAUGAAAGUUUAUCUGUGUUGGAAGAAAUCGUAGUAAAAUGUUGAACUUUAUUCCAACACAAAGGGUACUCAGAGUUCAACAUUUUAUUACAGCAUUAAAGUUCAUAUUGAGUCUUUAACUACUCUCCAAUUUAA